ACAGUGGACUGUGGAGUGGACUGAGUUGAGUUGUUUGGUGGCAAAUUGUGCAGAAAACUUGGUGAUUAAGAUUUCUCUGCUUUAGUCUAGUCUCAAGUGCCAGUGUGUUGUGUGGCUGUGUCAACUAAUCAUGAAAGGCGAAAAGACGAACUAUUGGAAAUGUUGUGCGUGUCUGCCCCAGCGCUACAUCUUGUCUGUCUACAUAGUCGUGGGUCUCAUAACAUGCUACCUGAUGCGAGUCUCUGUGAACCUCGCGCUCAACGAGAUGGCGUUCAAACUAAACACAACCAAGACGAGUUCCAACUCCAGCGAGGAGACAGUCGGAACAAUCUGUCCGCUCAUCGAGCCUAAGUCUAACACAACGUUGGAUAAAGCGGAGUUUCACUGGGAUCAGCACAUGCAGCACAACAUUAUCAAGUCACUAUACGUCGGCUACAUCGUGGCUCACCUGCCCGCGGGUAUACUGGCCGACAAGUUCGGAGGCAAACACGUCUUCGGCGCAGGCAUCCUGGUGUCGUCCUUCCUCUCGCUUACGUUCCCGACACUCGCCAGAAUCAGUCCAUGGGCGUUCAUAGCUGGCAGGAUAGUGCAGGGGUUCGGACAGGGAGUUAUGUUUCCUAGCAUGAGCGCGCUCGUUGCAAAGUGGGCUCCUCCAAAUGAGCGUGCUACAAUGACCGGAAUAGUACAAUCAGGUGUGAUGAUCGGGAACGCCGUCGGCUAUAUAGUCUCAGGUCUGAUUCUGUCGUCAUUCGACGGCUGGGAGCCUGUGUUCUACUUCUGCGGUGUUCUCGGACUGCUGUGGUGUGCAGGCUGGUACACACUCUGCUACAGCUCCCCUGCGGAACACCCUUUUAUCACUGAGAGGGAGAAGAACAUGAUUGAGACACAGAUAGCACUCACAGCCAAAGCAAAACCCAAGCACAUUCCCUGGAGCAGUAUUCUAACCUCUCUGCCGUUCUUGUCGGCCAUCAUGGUCAACUUUGCACAUGCCUGGGCUCUGUUUACCAUGAUCAACGAAAUGCCUUCCUACAUGGGGAAAGUUCUGCACUUUGACAUCAAAAAAAGUGGGUUCUUCUCUGCUACUCCCCAUAUUGCCAUGAUUCCCACGUCCAUCAUCUCUGGCUACUUGGCUGACUGGCUUAUCACCAAGAAGUACAUGGCUGUCACCACCAACAGGAAGGUGUUCUCUUUCUUGGCCAAUGCACUGCCUAUCCCCUUCAUGCUGCUGGCCUCCUACGCAGCCUGUGAUCGCACCUCGGUCAUUCUUUUCUUCAUGUGCAUGAUGUUCUUUAAGGGUCUAUCCUACUCAAGUGUCCGUGCCAACCCAGUAGAUCUUAGCCCCAACUACGCUGGGGUGCUCAUGGGAAUCAUGAAUGGAUCAGGAGCGUUGGCUGGACUCUUGUCUCCCAUAUUUGUACCCAUGUUUAUCACCGGGGAUGGAAGCAUAGAAGAGUGGAGGAAUGUUUUCUACAUGGCUGCCAUUGUGAUGGUGGUCUUCUCCAUUCCGUUCAUCUUCUUCGGUUCAGGCGAAGUUCAACCUUGGAACAACGCUGAGACGAUGGACCGACCGGAAGAUCCUACGCCAAAAGUUGAAGAUCAAGAGACGAAAACAUGACUUCCCAGUUGAACCUCUGUUUUGCAUAAUUUCUUACCAUUCUGAGGGUCAACAAGCCCUUGGAAAUUGUACUUAACAGAGAAUCAAUCUUGAGAAGCAAUGCUUCUCUUUGUAAAAAGUUCCUCAUUUCAUUUUGUAAAUUCUUUCCCAAGUCGAUUGUUGAGUAUUAUGUGACUUAGUUGUAGUUAUCGUGAUUAAGUACGCUUUUGUAUGUUAACGAUUGAAAAUAAAAUUUUCAACGUA